AUGGUUUUAACCACUCUGGGAAAGGGGUCUGUCACAGAGAAAGUGCUCGGGGAGAGCACACCUGCUUUAGGACUUCCUAAUCAUCACAACAGUGACCCGUUUAUUCUGUCUACCAGCGAUGCCCUCAACACCAAGGACAAAAGAGAAAGGAAGGAUGUGGAAGAGAAACACUUGGAGGACACGAUGGUGAAUCCAUCCAUUGUUGGAGUCCUGUGCAUAGAUUUACAAGGACUCAAUCUGGGCUGCCACCGAACCCAGUCAGAUGAGCAUGCUGGGGUGAUAUCUGUUCUUGCCCAGCAAGCAGCUAAGCUAACCUCAUACCCCACUGAUAUUUCUGCAGUGUGUCUAGAAUCAGAUAAUGGGAAUGUGAUGCUGCAGACACACGAUGGCAUCCCAGUGGCAGUGUGCAAAAUGGCCUCCUGA